AUCCAAGCCUCUAUGAAGACUGGCAUGGCGCGAGAUCCUCUCCUGGCCACAUUGUUUACAUGAGUCACUGUGGCGAGGCGGCGGCGACAGGAAGCACCACUAGCACUGAAAAAAUUACCUCGAUUCCACCACAAUGACGGCCGAAUCAGUGCUCAGUAUCCAGGGCAAGCGUUCUUCAGGGACUUCUGUGCGCACUGAGAAUGUUAUUGCUGCUAGUUCAGUUGCCAACAUUGUCAAGAGCUCCCUGGGUCCAGUUGGACUAGACAAAAUGAUAGUUGAUGAUGUCGGUGAUGUAACAGUGACCAAUGAUGGAGCAACCAUCCUUAAGCUGCUGGAGGUAGAGCACCCAGCAGCUCGUGUACUGGUGGAGUUGGCACAGCUUCAGGAUGAGGAGGUUGGUGAUGGCACAACCAGUGUGGUGAUCAUUGCUGCUGAGCUGCUCAAGGUUGCUGAUGAGCUUGUAAAACAGAAAAUCCAUCCCACCUCCAUCAUUGCUGGUUAUAAAUUGGCUUGCAAGGAAGCUUGUCGGUAUAUUCAAAACAACUUGACCAUGAAUACAGAUGAGUUAGGCCGUGACUGUAUUGUUGCUGCUGCCAAGACUUCCAUGUCAUCCAAGGUCAUCUCCAUCGACAGUGACUUCUUUGCCAACAUGGUAGUGGAUGCAGCCAUGGCAGUGCGCACCUCUGAUGCCAAGGGAGGGUACAAGUAUCCCAUCAAGGCUGUCAACAUCCUUAAGGCACAUGGACGCUCUGCCACAGAGUCUGUAAUCAUCAAUGGUUAUGCCCUCAACUGUACCAUUGCAUCACAUGCAAUGACCAAGAAGAUCACCAAUGCAAAGAUUGCCUGCCUUGACUUCUCACUGAACAAGGAGAAGAUGAAGUUAGGAAUUCAGGUCCUGGUGAAUGAUCCUGCUAAACUGGAGGCCAUCCGGCAGCGUGAGGCAGACAUCACAAAGGAACGUAUUGAGAAAAUCCUAAAGGCUGGUGCAAAUGUAAUCCUAACAACUGGAGGAAUUGAUGACCUCUGCCUGAAGUACUUUGUGGAGGCUGGAGCAAUGGCUGUCCGUCGCUGUAAGAAGUCAGACUUAAAGAGAAUAGCUAAGGCAACGGGUGCAACAUUCUUAACAACGCUGUGCAACCUUGAGGGAGAAGAAUCCUUUGAACCCACAUACCUUGGCGAGGCAGCCGAAGUCAUUCAGGAACGUGUGUGUGAUGAUGAGCUCAUUCUCAUUAAGGGGACCAGUGCACGAACAGCCAGCUCUCUCAUCCUUCGUGGUCCAAAUGAUUUUUACUGCGAUGAGAUGGAACGCUCUCUGCACGAUGCCCUGUGUGUAGUGAAGCGGGUCCUGGAGAGUAGUUCCAUCGUGUGCGGUGGAGGAUCAGUGGAAGCAGCACUGUCUGUCUAUCUAGAAAGCUUUGCCACUAGUCUUAGCUCUCGAGAACAACUAGCAAUUGGGGCAUUUGCUCAGUCUCUAUUGGUCAUUCCCAACACCCUGGUUGUCAAUGCAGCAAAGGAUGCCACUGACCUAGUUCCCAAGCUUCGAGCAUACCACCACUCAUCCCAGAUCAAGACCGAGCACUCCCAGCUGAAAUAUUAUGGUUUGGAUUUAAUAGAAGGCCAGGUUCGUGACAACAAGAAAGCAGGUGUCUUUGAACCAACAAUGAGCAAACUGAAGCAGCUCAAAUUUGCCACAGAGGCUGCUAUCACCAUUCUGCGCAUUGAUGACAUGAUCAAGCUAGAACAAGAACCCAGUAAGGAGAGUGGCUAUCAGCAAGCUCUGAAAUCUGGCCAGCUGGGCUAAAGCUGUUAAAUCAUCAUUGCCUGAAAGAUCUCAUUUCUUGGCUAUAGAACAGAGAAGCACAGAACUGAAAGCACUUAGCAUUUAAUAUUAUACUUUACAGGCAUAUUGAGGUCAACACCUGUUAACAAGAAAGAUAAAUGGAACUAAUAUAAUUCCUUGAGUGAGCUAUGUAAUGUCAGCUUUGGUAUGCUAUUUUUUUCUAUUACUAAAAUAAAUGCAUGACAAACAGUUUAUAUUUUCCUUUUAAAAUAAAAGGGAAGGUAAGUUA